AUGUCGAAUCCAAUUGAUUUUAUCUUGCUUCAGAAAACGUUUCUAGGACUUUUGCCCUUUGGAUAUGAAAUAUUAAAGAGAAAUGUUGUGGAUAAGAUAAAAAUAAUUCCAGGUCUAGAUAUUAAUCCUUAUAUAAAGACGUCCGAGGGUAAGUUUUUUAUUUUAUGUAAAUAUGUGCAAAUUAGUCAAAAUGUGAAUAUGCAAUACCUUCUACGUUUUGACAAUACCAACAUACAAAGAAUGUUGAUCGUCGAAAUUCUUAAUUUAACUGCUCGAUCUUCAACAAGCUUGAUUAUACUUCAAAUAUACGCAUUUCUGAGCAGAGUAGCCUGCGUGACAGGCCAGGGUGCAUUUUAAGUAGCCUACGCCGAAGAUCUUCGGCGUGAGUUUGGCAAAUUACAAUACUAUCUAUAGUUAAUAUUGGCGUAUAUAUCUUCGGCGUAGACUUUACAUGGAAUGCACCCUGGGUGACAGGCAGCAGGGCUGAGUUCCGGCGAUACCUGACUGGAGACUUUGUUUAUGCACACUGAUAAAUGCUGGUUAGUUUAUAUGUAGAUUAAUUUGCAAUGUAUACGGUAUACAACACUUGGAAGUAAUCUACCUUUAAUAUAUCAGAAUAAUCUAUGCAGACGAAGUUACACCCUGGCAGCAUGGCAAGACUGUAAAUUGAACAAGCCCACUUAAUGCGUGGGGGUUAUUAAUUAACUGAUACACUUUACUUAGGUUUCAAAGAUAUCAUUGCCGAGAAAAUUUUCCCAAGUGAUGGUCCAAAAGGCUUUGAGCCAAUACAAACCUAUGGUGAUGACAAUUGUUUGUACAGAGCAAUGUCAAGAAUACUGUGUGGUAAUGAGGACAUGCAUGUGGAGUUGCGUGUACGAACAUUUAUGGAACUAUGUAUGAAGAAGGAUUUGUAUUACGAUGAUGCCUAUCUAAGGAAAUUGACAGGUCUUGAUGGUUAUAAAGAUUCUCUACUCGAAAGUAGUUUUGACACAUCAACAACUGUGAAAUGUACAGAUAAAACAUCACGUCAGCAACGUGGGUUUGAAGCUGGUGUUAUCUCAACUAUAAAGCCUGGUAACUAUUCCAACAUGUGGCAUAUAUUCGCAUUGGCCAAUGUCAUUAGCUGCCCAAUCACCUCAGUCUAUCCUAAUGUCAAUGGAUGCCUGGUUAAUCGUAAGUAUAUGAAUGUGCACAUUGUACCAGAAAACGUUAGACAAUCAAACGUUACCUACCUAAUGUGGACUCAUGUGCAAAACACCAACCUCCGAGGAUUCACACCAAAUCACUUUGUGCCCUUGAUGCCUCAAGUUAGCAGAGACCAAAUUUCGCCUCCAAACACCACCACUUCUGGACCAUUAAGUAGCUCAUCUUCGCCAUUGCAGGUUACAAGUACUUCUCAGAAAAGAAAUGUUUCAAUGGAUCAGAAUACUAAGAGCACCAAGAAAACACGUUAUCAAGGUUCAUUCAUGUACAGUUCACACUUUUCCCCAUUGUGGACGCAGCAAUGGCCAUGUAUAAUUGCCAGCUGUAAGUCAAAAAACCAUUUCUAUUGCACAGUUUGCCAAAGGGCACUUUUAUGUGCAAAGCAAGGAGUUCGGGAUGUGAAGGUACACAUGGCAACUGCAUUACACCAAAACAAUUCAAAAAUAAUGAAGACUCAGAAGACACUUCUUCAGACUUGUGCAUCACAACAAAAUGCACAAGAUAAGGUAUGAGUACCAGUCAAAGUUCGAGGUUUUGUGAAGGUUUUGUCAUUUCCAGGAAGUGUACCUGUCAAUUUGCCAAACAAAUUUACAAGAAUAGCAAAAAUACCAUCAGAUUCGUUUAUGCCAAUGAAUUCUUGUUAUACAUGAUGAUGGGUCUUGCUUGUUUUCUUUGUACAAUUAUACAUUUGUAUUUCUUCAGGUCACUUCAGCAGAAGUACAAAUGGCUAUGUCACUAGUAAGCAGCAACUUACCAUUUGCAGCAGCUGACACUUUUAAUUCAUUGUUCAAGUCUAUAUUCCCUGACAGUGAAAUUGCUAAAGCAUACUCACCAGGAAGGACAAAGACAACCUGCAUUGUAAAUGGAGCAUUGAAGCCCUAUUUCAGGUAAAUAUGAUUGAUAUUAUAAGGGUAUACCAUAAGUAGUAAACUUAAGUUUGAAGUUCUAGUAAAACCCAGUUAAAUUUAAGGAAACAUGUGAUAUGUGCUAAAAAGGUUUUGUUGACAUUGUGUCAUGUAAUUUUGUUUUUUAGGAAUUCCCUUGUUGAACAAAUGAAAAUCCUACCAUAUUCUUUGGCAACCGAUGGUUCAAAUGACAAUGGACUUACAAAGAUGAAUCCCCUCACUGUCAGAAUUUAUGAUGUCAACCUAGGAAAAGUGGCCACGCAUUUUCUGGACAUGGCCCUUUCCACAGGUGGAACAGCUGAAGAGUUGUUUUCAGCUAUUGACGGUUGCAUAUCAUCAUACCAAAUUCCAUGGGAAAAUUGUGUUGCUGUUGGUGUUGAUAACACCAACGUCAAUGUUGGGAAGAACAAUUCAAUUAUGACGCAUGUUAAAGCUAAGAACGAUGCUGUGUAUUUCAGUGGAUGCCAGUGCCACGUGGUGCACAAUACGUCUGCUGCCGCAGCCGCUGCCCUAAGAAACACAACAGGAUUUGACAUAGAAGACCUAAUGGUGGACGUUUACUACUGGUUUGAUUACUCUACCAAGCGCAAAUCUGUACUCGCUGAAUACACCGAAUUUUGUGAUCAGGACUAUAGGAAGAUACUCAAACAUGUCAGUACGCGAUGGCUUAGUCUUGAGAAAACUAUCACUCGAGUACUCAAGCAAUAUGCCUCCCUCAAGUCAUACUUUAUUUCAGAAGAACAUGAAGGACAUGCAAGAUUUCAAUGA